UUAAUGGAAGAAAUUAGAAUCUGAAUAAAAUCGAGAGAGGUCUGGAAUUAGUUUGGUGAAAGCGCCACAAUCCAUCAAAAUUCUAAUUUGUAAACGAUGCAUCUACAACUUUCUUAUUCUCACUCACCCAUUUAUAUAUACACAUACAAGCCCUUUCCCUUUCCACUAAGCAAUCCCAAACUCCAAAAACCCGCAACCCUCUCAAACUAAAACGAACCAUGUGGUCCCAGCCUUACCGGAAAGAUGACGUGGAACUCGGCGGCGCCAGGCUGUACCCGACGAUGCUGGAGAGCCCCGACCUGCGCUGGGCCUUCAUUCGUAAGAUAUACGUCAUAAUCAGCAUCCAAUUGCUCCUCACCGCCGCCGUCGCUGCCGUCGUCAUCACCGUUCACCCAAUCUCGCAUUUCUUCGCAACCACCGGCGCUGGUCUGGCGGUUUACAUUCUCCUCAUCAUCACCCCUUUCAUCGUGAUGUGGCCGUUGUAUUACUAUUACCAGAAGCACCCUCUGAAUUACUUCCUCCUCGCCAUUUUCACGCUCUCGCUAGCCUUUGUAGUCGGCUUCACUUGCUCUUACACCAAUGGGAAAGUGAUUCUUGAAUCCGUGAUCUUAACUGCUGCCGUGGUAGUGAGCCUCACCCUGUACACAUUCUGGGCUGCGAAGCGAGGCCAUGAUUUCAAUUUCCUUGGCCCUUUCCUGUUUGGCGCCUUACUUGUGCUCGUCCUGUUUUCCUUCAUUCAGAUUCUGUUCCCUCUUGGUAGGAUUAGUGUGAUGAUCUAUGGGUGUUUGGCAUCCAUAAUCUUCUGUGGUUACAUUGUAUACGACACCUAUAAUCUGAUCAAGCGUUACAGCUACGACGAGUUCAUCUGGGCUGCGGUUUCUCUCUAUUUGGAUAUCAUCAACCUCUUCCUAUCCCUCUUGACAUUCUUCAGAGCUGCUGAUAGUUAAAAUGUGGAGUAGUUGAAGUUGUUUAUCUGGAUAAGUGUAGAAAGUUUACCUUGUGAAUAUAGAUGAAGUGAGGGCUAAAUCUUGAUAUGUGUAUAUGAUUGAAGUUGAAUUCUUGACAAAUAUUUGGUCUCCUUCCUUAUUCUUUCUUCAGGUCAUGUGUUCACAUGCUUAUGCAUGCCACAUGUGCAUAUCUAGUUUAAUAUUAAUAUAUUUUGGUUGUUA